AGUCGCCAUUGAAGGUCGUCUAUCCCUUUUUCUCCUUUUACUCCGCGCGAUUAUCCCUACUUUCAAUGCUAGAGGAUCCACCUAAGCGCGAAGAAUAAUGGAUAAGCGUGAAGCUAUCACAGCAUCUAACCUCGGACCCGUAGUCAGUUUACUGACAUGGAUUAUGGCAGCUUCGAUUAUCACCGCGGUCGGCAUCAAGUUUACCUUAUCGUCCCUCGUCCUUAAGAGACGCAACCGAGAAGAUAUCGCUCUGUUUCUCGCGAUGGCUUUCAGUAUUGGUUUCUCAAUUGCAAUGUCCUUUGCCGCGCAAAACGGGAUCGGGAGACACGAGAAUUCACUUUCGCCGCGACAGCUAGAGUCGUUGCAAAAAGCAGUCUAUUCCGCUGAUAUCCUAUUAAUUUUAGUUUUGAGCUCUGUACAAGCAUCAAUUCUUGUGUUUCUCCACGAUAUAACACCAAAUAGUCGCCACACCGUAUCGAUAAAGUACAUGGCGGAUUUCACUACACUCUUCUCCGUCUCCUCCUUCGUUGCCGUCUUCCAAUGUAGUUCGCCUCGUGUGUGGAAAAUGUUGGGCUCUCAAUGCAUCGACCGACUUUCUUUCUGGGAGGUAUUCGUGGGUGUAAACCUAGUGGCUGAAACCAUUCUAAUUUCUUUUCCUAUUAUGAUGCCUCGAAGUAAGAAGGUAACGGUCAUCGGCGGCUUUGCCACUCGGCUCUUAGUUGUUGGAGCUUUCGCCGCACAAUUCCACGAAGCACAAGAAUUGAAGUCGCAGCUUUCGGAUCGAACUUUUCAUUCUUGGAAAUUUCUUUUGACUAUGGUGUUUGUGCAAGGGUUUAGCAUCAUCACAGUCUGCAUUCCCUACAUACGAAACAUGCUUCUGAGCAUGGAGUCGGGUAUGAUACAGACUGGUCAUUUCAGAUUACCGAGCAGGCGUGGCACUGAGACCGAGGUUGUCCUUCAGCCUAUCACAGUCACUCAUACGAUUACUAAACGAUUCGUAAAUGAAGGCGCAAAACUACAUCUUAUUGCUUGAACGGAAGGAGUGUUACAAAGGAAAAAGCAAGUGUUACUCGGUAUGCUGACGCACUUUGGGAAUCUACUUUAUUCCAACGGCUGGAAUCCUCUACCCCCUCAUUAUUAAUGAUAGUUUCGGUAGGCAACAUGAACGCUAGGGUUGGGUAAAUAACUCACUCUUUU